GGGCUGUAGGAGCCCCGGGCCGGGGCAGCGCCGGGGGUCUCGCCGGAGCGGGGCAGCGCCGCAGCGGACACCGGGGAGAGUUGCUCAUUCCCAGUAUGGAGGAACACAAUGGCUCUUCGGAGACUCCCCCACUGAGCCAAGGGCGGCACGUUGCCAUUAAGUGCGGGUGGCUGCGGAAGCAAGGAGGCUUCGUCAAGACCUGGCACACACGUUGGUUUGUUCUCAAGGGGGACCAGCUUUACUAUUUCAAAGAUGAAGAUGAAACCAAGCCCUUGGGUGCCAUCUUUCUGCCUGGCAACAGAGUAAUUGAGCAUCCCUGCAAUGAAGAAAGUCCAGGAAAAUUCCUUUUUGAAGUUGUUCCAG